UCCCUGCGUACAAAUACACCCAACCAGUCGUGUUUUGUCCUUGAAUCAACAGAUAUCCAAUUACCCUUUGUCCGUCCGCUUCAGACUCUGUCGAUUCCCCCGACCACCACCAGCAUGUCUGUAGCCGCCACCGCCAAGCGCCCCGAGAUCAUCGAGAUCGCGCGGGGUCUCAACCACGUCCCCAUGAGCGAGGAGUUCGAGAAGAUGAUCUCCGGCAUGAUGUACAACCCCAUCGUGCCGCAGUUGCUGGAAGCGCGUCACCGCGCACGCGGGGUAACGCAGGACUACAACAACCUCGACGCCAAGACGGUCUCCUACGACAAGAUCUUCGACGUGCGCAUGGAGUUGCUGAAGAAGGUCGUUGGCAAAGUCGGAUCCGGCACGUUUGUGGAGCCGCCGUUUCUGCCGGACUAUGGGUGUAACAUCAGCAUUGGGAAGGACUGCUUCAUCAACUUCAAGUUUCACCGCCCUGGACACCAGUCUGAUUCUCAUCGGCGACCGCGUGCAGUUCGGUCCCAACGUCAGCAUCUUCACGGCAGGUCAUGACGUCAGCGUCUUGUCGAGGCGCAAGUUCGUCGAGUUCGGCCACCCGGUCAUCAUUGAGGAUGAUUGCUGGAUUGGUGGCAAUGUGAUUAUUCUGCCGGGCGUGACGAUUGGAAAGGGCUCAACGAUUGCGGCUGGAUCCACGGUCACCAAGGAUAUUCCGCCCUUCUCGGUGGCGGUUGGAAGCCCGUGUCGCGUGAAGAGGACCAUCCCGACCCCCGAGGAAGAGGAACAGGACCCCAACAACCCGUACCGGAACCUGGUCCGUGAGGAUAGAGAGGAAUAAACGGCAGAAAUAAGGAUGGGGGAAUGUGAUAUAGCGAGGACGACGUGAUGAGAUCGAUGACGUAGAUAUACAGACCAGACACGUGACUUUAGGCAUGUUAGCAUACAAAUCAAGCUUUUUC